UUCUGGAUGUUUCUGUUGACUCUGGUCCUUGGUGGUGGUAGUCCCAGCUGGCAGCUCUCUGCUGUAGGAGAAGCCCUAUUCAGAGCUAACUCAGUGCUCUCCAGAUAAUUUGAGAGCCAGGUGGCCCUUUUUCUAAGACUUGCCCAAUUAGAGACCCACGCAAAGUUGACAGCAGCCUGUGUCUACUCUGCAGGUACCCUGUUGGCUUGUCCAUCCGUGACCUGAGUGUUUUUGUUGAAGGAUCCCUCCUUGCCUGCUGGUUUCCUGGCUCCACACAGCUGGCCUGGGAAACCAUCAGCCAGGGCGGCAUGGGAGGGCCUCAAGGUGGAAACCAGGCCUCUCUGACCCCACUCUUCCUACUGCUGGGGCCGCCCUGUACCCUCCCUUCUGGCCUUGCGUGGCCCCACCCUGCCCAGCCAGCUCUGCACCACUUUGAAAAGGCGGUUCAGGCACUCCCAUAUUUCCCCAGGCUGGGCGGCCCUUGCUCUGUAAGGGAGUAGCUGUUUGUCUCUGCAGAUGUCCUAUCCUCAUUGGCCUAGAGCGAGGGCGGAGGGCACUCCCAAGGGAGGGAUCCCAGAGCACUCGGCCUUGCCUGGCCCCCACUUUCCCUCCACAGCUCUACACUACCCCUCCAUCAUGCUUGGAGAUCACUGCAGUCUCACUGCAGACAGAGUUCUGCUCAGCCAGCCCCCUAAAACUGGACUCCGCUGCAAAAUGGUGCUUCAGGCAGUCAGCAAAGUGCUCAGGAAAUCUAAAGCAAAGCCUAAUGGCAAGAAGCCUGCUGCAGAGGAAAAGAAGAUGUACCUGGAGCCAGAGCACACCAAGUCCAGGAUCACCGACUUUGAGUUCAAGGAGCUGGUGGUGCUACCCCGGGAGAUUGACCUCAAUGAGUGGCUGGCUAGCAACACAACAACCUUUUUCCACCACAUCAACCUGCAGUAUAGCACAAUCUCAGAAUUUUGCACAGGAGAGACUUGUCAGACGAUGGCCGUGUGCAAUACACAGUACUACUGGUAUGACGAGCGGGGCAAGAAGGUCAAGUGCACAGCCCCCCAGUAUGUUGACUUCGUCAUGAGCUCUGUGCAGAAGCUGGUGACCGACGAAGACGUAUUCCCCACAAAAUACGGCAGAGAAUUCCCCAGCUCCUUUGAGUCUUUGGUGAAGAAGAUCUGCAAGUACCUUUUUCAUGUGCUGGGCCACAUCUACUGGGCCCACUUCAAGGAGAUCCUGGCCCUCGAGCUGCAUGGACACUUGAACACACUGUAUGUCCACUUCAUCCUCUUCGCCAGGGAGUUCAACCUGCUCGACCCCAAAGAGACCGCUGUCAUGGACGACCUCACUGAGGUGCUGUGCAGCCUCCCUGGCGGGGGCGGUGGCAGUACUGGGGAUGGGGCCAGCAGUGGGGCCCCGGGGGCACAGAACCAUGUGAAGGAAAGAUGAGCCCCCAGGGCUGGACAGGGGUGCACAUGUGCAAAGAGAUGACUGUGUCUACGUGUGCGCACACGUUCCUGGGCACGCUGGUGGCGAGGUGGAGGACCCCGGCUGCACCGAGUAUGGGCUCCACAGAUGCUGCUGGGGCCAUGGCGUGUUUCCUGGCUUCCCUGUUGGAUGGAUGAGUGCUGUUUAUAGCGAAGAGCCUUUGGAUUCAUUCAUUCAUUCAACAAACAUUUAUUGGACUGAUGUUUUGAGUUUUCUUCUGUGGGGUUUACCUUUAUUGGGUCUUCCAUGUGGUCCCCGUCCUCUCCCUCCCUGGGGGCUCUGCCAUUUUUGAAUCACCUAGAGGGAGGUGAAUCUUAUUCUGAGGAGGCUUAACCUGCAGAUCAGGUUUCUGCUGUUUUAGGGUGGAGCCUUUGCAGGUACCCCUCCCCCAACUCCCUCCUAGACCUUGCCUGGAUUCUGGCCGUUGGGUGGCUGAGUCAGUGUGGGAUGGGGAGGCCAGGAGUGACCCAGAGGGCUCACAUCUGCUGCUUGCUCCUGUCACGCCUUCUUGCUGCCUCCCUAGUGCCCAGGGAGAGCCCAGUGUGCAAGGGUCCAGGGCAGAACCAGGACGGGGCUGAGGCCCUGUGGGGAGAUGCAGCUGUCAGCAGAAGGCUAAGAUCCGCUUUAGUUUCCUCUGUUCAGUCAAAAUAAAAAGAAUUCUCUCAGGUCAGAGCCUUGUGUGCAUCCUCAGCCCAAAUCUUCGUCUGCUGUUCUCAUCCUUCGUGUGGACACAGGGACCCUCAGAUGUGGCUGUAGUUGGCUGAAGACCUCUAGGGGUUCCUGACCAGCCCAAUGUAAGGACUCUGCCAAAGGGUCCACUCUUGUCCAGGACCGAGUGGCCCAGGAAUGAGCAGCAUGCAGCACAGGUUGGGGUCCUGAGCUAAACCCUGGAGCUGGUCCAGGGCUGGAGUAGACUGAGAGAAGGAAGAGGGAAGCAGCCAAGGACACAGCCUGGUCAGCACAGACCUCAGGACUUUGGACCCAGGCUCUGACGGCUCACCUGCUGCACCUGGUGACUGGGGAUAGCUGCUUUGAUCACUGGUUCCUAGAAUGCUCAGCACCCUUCAAAUUGUGGGGCCCACCAGCUCCUGGCACUCUGGCUCAACCUAUACAAUGUUCCUGUAGCCAGCAGUGCCUUUCUGUAUAAUCACCAGCUCCUGGCAGCCCAGUGAGCAACUGGAAGACCCUCUCCUAUUGCCUGUGCUUCCCACAGGGUCUUCCCAGCUCCCUCUGGCCACCUGGGCUAACCACACUUGCCUUCCCCCAACCUUCACAGCAGUUCAGGGGGCAGCUCCUCCUCCUGCCACUGAGAGCUGCCCUACCUGGUAAUUAGCACCACUCCACAGGAAGUCCCAGGGCACCCCGGGUUCUUCAUAGUCUGUCCCCACUCUCUCCUCCUCGACCCCUCGGCUACAUAAUGGGUCAAUUGGGGACAUCUCUAAAACUCCCUGGUGCUGGCCAUGGUAGCACAUGCCUAUAAUACCAGCACUCGGGAGGCUGAGGCAGGAAGAUCUCAAGUUUGAUGUCAACCUAGGCUACGUAGUGAGGCUCUUAUCUCAACAAAACAAAACAACAAACCCACAUCCCUGGUGCCUGGAUCAACUCCAAACCUACUGACUGUCUCGGGCUAGAGCUCACCAGGCUGCAUGAGCCCCAUCCCUUGGUGCUGCCCACCAUGUCUUCUAUCUCAGCAUAGAAAUCUCCUGAGUGGAAGCCUCAGAAUCCCCAUAGAAUUUGAUCUUGGGAGCUGGAGGCUUGUGCUGGCUGAGGGUGCCACCAGGGCCUCUGGAGAAGGGACAGCAAGAGCAGGUUGGAACUUGGUUUGUUGGAAUUCUGGUUGGGGGUGUGGGGAAGCUGGGCUCUCAGCUAAGCGCUACAUGGAGCAAACCUGGCACAUAGGCCUGGUCAGUGUGUUCAGGAACGUGGCCUGGCAGCCAGUGGAGGCUGGCAGGGUUGGAGGAUGCUGGUCAGGCGGGAGUGCAGUGCAAGAGCAGCUGAGGCUCUGGCUGCCAGGGUAGGAGCUUGAGACUGUGUUGAGUAGGGGUGGUGUGUCUCCACCAAGAGCUGUAGAUCAUCUUUGGAGUGAGUGGUGUCCUGUCCUGGGUGUGCAUGCUGAUCUGACAGGAACUGUAGGACCUCCAGGAACAUGGCUGGGGGAAAGGGGAGCUUAUCAAAGCCUGUGAAGCUCCACCUGGGAAGUGAUGGGUAACUGAAUGUGGGCUGGCAUCAGCCACUUAGGGGGUGCCUCUUGCUGGAUAGUGAGCUAGGGGCUCGCUCAGCCUGCAUGCUCUGAGGAUGACAGGGCAGUGCUGUGCUCUCUACCGCUUGACGGCUCCUUUAUUGCAAGACCUGCAGUGUCCUGGCCAACUCAGGGGCCUCAGGGGAGCCUUCCUGCCUCUGCCUGUUUCCUUUACAGGGCGGCAGUUGCAUGAGGCAGUUCUGAUUCUGGCUGCAUUAAAGGGCCUCAGUUCAAGGCAGCAGAUCCAGAGCUGAAUCCCAGCACUGCCUGUUGUUCACUCACCCUCUCACCCGGAGCCUUGGUGCAUGCAGUUCCUGUUAUUUCUGUCCUGGCAGGUGGAGUAGUGACUUCCAAGAUGUCCAUGCUCUGACCCCUAGAACCUAUGACCAUGUCACUGCUUCUAUAGCAAAGCGAGUAGAAGUCACAGGUGGAAUUCAGGUUCCUAAUCAGCCAGCCUUAAGGUGGAAGAGAUCCUGGAUUAUCCACCCACCCAGCAUGGUCAUAGGGUCCUUGUGGGUAUAAGAUGAAGGCAGCCUGAGAGAGUCGUCCAGUACUGAUGUUAGAGGCCACAGCCGAGGUCUGGAAGUGGAAAGAAAGAAGAUGGGUUCUUGAAGCUUCCAGAAAGGACCAACAUGCUCAUUUAGCUCAGUGAGAUUCAUUUUGGAUUUCUGACUAGCAGAACUAGAUGGUAACAAGUUUGUUUUAUUUUAAGCCACUAGGUUUGUGGUAACUGCAGCUGCAGAAAAUGCAGACUUUGGUCCAUGGAUUGAGGUGCUGCUGUAACAAACACCUAAAUGUGGAAGUGGCUUUAGAAUUGGGCACUUGGCAGAGGCUGGAAGACUUCUGAUGGGCAUGAUGGAGAAAGCUCCAGGUCCCCUAAAUAUAUGGUUUCAAGAAAUAUGAAUUUUGACACCUGCUGCUGAGGGACUGGAAGUAAGGGAAGGGGUGUGGUGGAGAAGACCUGAUUCACCUCUGAGAAAACCUAAGGUCAUAGUGGCCAGUGGUGAGUGGAAAUGUGACUGUUCAGGAAUGAGGAGUGUGUCCUUGGCAGCCAGAGGCAAGACACAGGGACAGAAGCAACCCAGCUGUCCUGCAGCUGUGUGGAAAACAGGACUUGGAAGCAGUCAGCUCGGGCACUUGGUGGAGAUUUCCAAGCAGUGUUGGAGGUCCAGGCUGGUCUUGUUUUACUGUUUGUGUUAUGUGUGACAAAAAAUAAGGGAAAGGCUAUGAAGCAAAAGGAAGCUAGCGCUUGAGGAUCUGGGCAAUUCUCAUCCAAUCUGGAUUACAAAAGGCACUGUAAUUGAGAGGUUCACAGUCAGAAUGCGUUCUAGAGAAAGCAUCGAGGGUCAGGCUGGACAUCUUGUUGGUCCCUCAGGAAGACAGGAAAGCCAGAAUGUUUGCAAGAGUGUGUGACUAGUAGGCAUCUACUAGAAAGAGCUAAAAAUAGAGAAAAGAUUUUCAGGCUUUCUGUAAUAAGCCUGAAGAGAUGAAAGGCUUUCAGGCCCCAAAGUUCAGCAGGCAGGAAGAUGAGUGAAACUGUCUGUGUCUUAAUGAAACUAAGAUAUAUUGUAAACACUUUUGUAAGUCUCACAGUGUACCCCCGGUACAAUAAUAUAAUAAUAAAAAUAAUUUGUAAAAUAUACUUAAAAUUUACCAUCUUAACCAUGAAAAAAAAAAAAGAAAGAACCAGAGGGACAGCAGCAUGAGGACUCAGCCUGGUGUUUCUGUUCUGGUUUCGGUGAGGCCAUGAGCCAAAGGAUACAGGGGGCCUCUGAGGCUAGAAACCCAAGAAACGGUUUUUCCAUGGUGCCCCAGAUGGGAAAAAGACCUGCCGAGACCUGCUUCGGUGAGACCUACCAGCUCUUAACUCCAGAACAGUAAAAUAAGAAGUUUGUGUAGAAAUCACUAAGAGGAUGGUAACUUGUUACCCCAGCAAUAGGAAGCUAGUAUGUGUGUAAAAUGGGACAGACUGCUCACAGGGCCUUUCCAACAAGAUGGUCCAGGAAAGCAUGUCUCCCAGGACCUGGGUCCAAGGAUGAGCCACAGAGGCAGCUGGGCAUAUGGCUAGCAGUGGACUCUGCAGUCUGCCUGAGCCCCAGGCUGGCAGUGGCUUCCCAGAUAUUAGGAACACUCCUCCCUCACCCGUCAACCUCAGCUAUCUCUUACUCAGUCAUGGUUGUCUUGAUGUCCACUGCCAGCUUGUCCUCUUCCUGGCAUUGGCCAUCCUCUCAGACUCCCCGAUGACCUCCACCCUUUACCAAAUCACACCAAAAGACUUGGGGUGGCUCCUGGGGCAGAAUGGGCCAGGUGGAUAAGGGAAGGAGAAUGUGAAGGGGAGGGGAGGUGGGGAGUCACU